AUGCCAUUCGUGCAGUUUAAAACCUACCAGAUAUUUACUAAAAGUUCGGACUAUUGCAGGUUCCUUCAAUCUCUAUAUCUGGGUAAACUAUUGGAAUAUUUCUCACAAAACCAAAAACUCACGUCAAGGGAGGCAUAUAUUUAUGGACUAGCCGUAGUUUUGUCUAUUUUACUUCGAGUGCUAAGCUUCCAGUUCCAUUACUUGGAAACUUACAGCACUGAUUUUUUUUUUACCAGAGCUGCUGCUCGAGGACAAAAAGUGACUAGAGAAAGAGACAAUCGAAUACGUAUAAUGAACGAUAUUAUUUUUAGAAUGAGAGAGAUCAAAACAUGUGAACUUACCCAUGUGAAAAAGCUGAAUCGCAUAUCAAACGAUAACAUUACGAUUGCGACGUACAUUCACAAACUAUCUGUUUACGCGUUUAUUUUACUUUUAACAACGACUGGUACUCCUUUAGAGCCACAUUUGAUUUUUAUGUCUAUAAACAUAUACAAUUUACUUAAAACAUCCGUGCAUCAAGCAACUUUUGCUGUUAAUUUAAUAUCAGAAGUAAAAGUGUGCUUAACCCGCAUCGAAAUAUUUUUGCUAUCGGAUCACGAAGCAACUAUUGACAAACAAAAAAUAGAAGAUCUGCAAGGUUGCAAAAUAUAUGCUCGUAAUUUAACGGCUCAAUGGAACCCAUCACAAAAGGCGACGAUAAAAGACGUAAAUUUCAAACUUGUUUGUGGUCAGCUAGUUGCAGUUACCGGAGACACAGGGAGUGGAAAGUCUUCUUUAUUCCAAACUAUAUUGCAAGAACUAUUUAUAGUCGACGGAAUUCUCUCCCAGGAUGGUUUGAUAUCUUAUGCAUCGCAAAAUCCAUGGGUGUUUUCGGCAACCAUCCGAGAAAACAUCAUAUUUAAUGAAGCCUUUAACCAGAACAAGUAUUUGGAUGUCCUUAAAAUUUGCGCUUUAGAAUAUGACAUAGCUCAUUUUACCCAUGGAGACAAAACUUUGGUGGGAGAAAAAGGAGCAAUGCUAAGUGGCGGCCAAAAAGCCAGAAUUAACUUGGCACGAGCUAUAUACAAAGAUGCAGACAUUUAUCUUUUAGAUAAUCCUCUAGCGGCAAUGGAUGUAUGUGUCGCUCAACACAUUUUUACCCAAUGUAUUUUGAAAUAUCUAAAAACCAAAAGUGUUGUACUAAUAACACACAAUUUAAAAUUUCUCAAUUAUUCCGACAAAGUAUAUGUUCUAGAAGACGGGAAGGUAAAGUUUUCCGGAAAAUAUGAAACACUAGAAGAGACCCCAAAUAACGUACAAGAAAACAGAAACAAAACAGUGACAAAACUUUGUGGAAAUAAUUGUAAAGCCCAAAUUGAAACUAAAGAACACAGAGGUGGUGAUAAAGUCAACACAUAUAGAACAUAUUUAUUUGCCAAUGAAAACAAGUUCUCCGUCUAUCUUCAGUUCUUCCUUUUCAUUUUAAGUCAAGUUUUUAUGAACGGUUCAGACGUGUUCUUGUCUUUCUGGAUCAACCUGAGACAAAAUCCUACUAAAUUUAGCAUAACACUGUUGCAAUACUUUUCCGACGUUAAAUGUUUGUACAUUUACAGUGGAUUUAUUCUAAUAGUGGUAUUUUUGUUUCACAUGGGUUCUUUAAACUUUGUAGAAUGCUGUAAUAAGUGCUCCCUUAAGUUGCACGAUACGCUAUUCAACAAAAUACUGUAUGGAACUACACAUUUUUUCGACAAUCAUCCAUCUGGUCGAAUUGUUAAUAGAAUUUCUAGUGAUAUAAGUGCCAUCGAUGAGACCAUCCCUAAAAAUAUGUAUCAAGUUGCAAGACAAAUUUGCACUGUGUUAGGUGAUAUGGUGGGAAACGUUGGUUUAUCCAUUACAGAAUCGCUCUUAAUGAUUUCAGCGAUACAGUACAUGAUCAAGAUUUAUGGUGAGCUUGAAACACAGAUGACUUCAGUUGAAAGAGUUGUGGAAUACGAUGACCUGACAGUUGAACAUAAUAUUAAAAGUGAAAUUAAUCCUCCUGCCACUUGGCCUGCAGAAGGCAAAAUACUAUUUCAAACGGUCUGCAUGCAAUAUUCUCCGGAAAAGCCGUUUGUCCUUAGAAACAUCAGUGUGGAUUUUCAAGCUGGUGAAAAAAUAGGAAUCGUUGGAAGAACUGGUGCCGGAAAAUCAUCUUUGAUAAAUGCGCUCUUUCACUUGUACGAAUUCGAAGGAACUAUUUUAAUAGACAACGUCGAUAUAAAAACGGUUCCUCUUGGCACUCUGAGAUCUCGAAUUGCUACUGUUCCUCAAGAUCCUGUUCUUUUCUCAGGCACCAUACGUGAAAAUUUAGAUCCUUUCAAAGAAUUCACGGACUGCCAGCUAUGGAGUGCUCUAGAAGAAGUGAAUUUGAAACACGUUGUUUCAAAUUUACCCUCUGGUUUGAACAGUUCUCUUUUGGAAGGCGGGGUCAAUUUUAGUACGGGACAGAAGCAGCUAAUGUGUUUAGUUAGAGCUAUUUUAAAAAAAUGCACCAUUAUUGUUCUUGACGAAGCAACUGCUUUUCUUGAUUUAAACACGGAGAAAUUGAUUCAAACUACAAUUCAGAAGAGAUUUCAUAAAGCAACGAUUUUAAGAAUUGCACAUAGACUGGAUAGUGUGAUGAAUUCGGACAAGAUUUUGGUUUUAGAUAAUGGUUGUGCCGUGGAAUUUGGCACCCCAAAUAGACUUCUACAAAACGUUAAUGGUUAUUUUUACAGAUUCGUCAAUGAAUAUGAAAAUUCUUCGUUAAAUUUGUAG